UUUAUCGUUAGAAUGCCGCUAAAAAUAUAUAUAUAUGAACGUGCAUAUAUAUAGCAGGCAAGCGGAAUCGGGUAGUUUAAUCGAUAAAAUCACAGGGAAAGUGCUGGGUUUUCAGGCGGCACACACAGCGGAUACGCGACGUUACACAACCACGUCGCCUUUGGUACUGAGUGGAGCAGCCCCACUGCGAGAGCCAAUGGGCCAAGUGGAGAGCGAGCUUUUGGGGUUCAGAGGCACAACUACCACCGGGAGCGAGCUUUCAAAUGCCGGCUGGUUUCAGCGAGCAUUCCCCAGCUGUUGCGCCAAAAAGUAUAAACAGUCCAUUUACAAUAGCCUCAAAAGAUGGAAACGGGCAUGGGCAGGGAGUACGCGGAGUUGGAUCCACAUUAAACUCGAAAACAAUACACGGAAGUCGGGAGUUAAGCCAGCGGAGCUUCAACGUCCGCCCCUGCUAUGCAUAUCAAGUUGAGUUGAAGGCGAAGUGGUAAUGGAGCAGCUAUGAUGUCACUCCAUCGCCCGAGGCGAAGGUAACGCCUUCGAGCACCAAAACAACAAUUUCGGAUUAUUUUAAAUUGGAUUAACUGAUCAAAAUCAAGGAGGCGCUUUUUUUUGAAUAGGACUGGGAUGUGAGACG